AAAUUGAUAACUCUUCGACGGGGAAAAAUUUCGAUCGGGCGACGCCUGCGCGCCGCCGCCAGCAGACGAAUCAAGUAAUCCUGCUGAAAGUUCCGGGAAUAAUCUCGACGAGCCAGCAGGAUUCCCACCCCUGCUAUCGAUCGCCCGUUUGUUUACCAGAAAUAUGGUGAAAAAUGAGUGAAAACAAUGCGAACGACACGCUAGUGAUGUUUUUCAAAGUCGUAGUGGUUAUCGUGUUCGUGUACCCUUUCCUCCACUACGCCCUCUUCAAAGGCGACGACGUCCAGCCAGCCGAGAACAAAACCGAGCCUGCGACCAACGAAACAGAAGUGCCGAUCGAGGUCAAGCCUGUGCCCGUGGUCCGGCAGCCGACAUGCCCGGUGUCCUACCUACUCGUGAUCCUUCAGGAGCUCUGCACGGAUUUGCACUUGCAGCACGAGCAGUGCACUCCUGAGGACUUCUACGACCUGGAGAAGCACAAGCUGCCGAGGAACAACGCCAAGAACACGACGGGGGAGCCGAGGGGGACGAUCGUGGGGUGCGUGGCGGCGGGGUUGCUGCUGACGUCGCUGGGGGCGGCGUUCCUGGAAUUGUACAAGGCGAAGAGUCACACUCCGGUCAAGAACACGAAGCCUAUGAUCAGCAGGAAGUGCUCGUUGGCCGAUUUGACUGUUUUGAAGCACAACAGAAAAGAGUUGGUGAGGAGGGAGUCCAUUAUGGAGAUUCCGGAGACUGGGGGCACUUUAAAACCACUGGGUUUUAGACCACCCCCGUUGUACCGAAGAUGUUCUUUCCCCGUCGGACCAAGCGAGAUGACUUGUGGAAAUUCGUACAGCACUUACCAAGAGUCUCGACGUCCUUCCAUCGAAUCUCGCCGCCUCUCGAUCAUCGACAGCCGAAGAGGCUCGGUGUCUGUCGAUUGCAGGCAGGCCUCGCUCGACGCUCGACGGAUAUCCAUAGAUAACGAAUCCCCCGAGCGUCGCCAUUGGUCGAGGCUGGUGCACAGACACUGAGUCCCCUACUGCAAUCAUAUCGAGAGAUAUCUAUACUAGGCCAUAUGGUGUGCACAAUUUAUUUACUGUUGGUGUCAUAUAUUGUCACUUAACGUUUUUAGAUGAUAUAUUUUAUGUGAGCUUUAUCAGAGGUUAUUAAGUAUGGUGUGUCCAUAUAAAAUUAAUUUAUUUUGAAAAAAUAA